CUGAUUCGUAUUGAACGAGUUGGUGUACUCCCCUCAGGCCAAACAUUCAAAGUUAGUGACCAUGUCGGUUUUGGUGAAACUUUGGAUGUGAGAGACUUGAUCUUCAACAAAAAUAAUAAGAGAGAUUAUGAUCGAAUGGCAUCGUAUAGGAGUUCAUGCUCAGAACCUCGUACCCCAGAAUCUACAUCACGUAUCGUUGGCGGUGGUCGGGAAUUCAACGAUGUUUCUCGUGGUCGUGUUGAUCCCGGUCUCAUGACUCAAUAUGGAACUAUAGACGGUGGAUCUUUCAUGUCUGAGCGCAAAGAAGCUGCUCGGUACCGGUACCAGUUGCGAGCUGUUUCUGAGCAUAGAGGAGUUCCGGAAACUGGUCAUUUUGUGACGUUUCGGCGUGGUAUUCAGGAUAUACAUAGCUGGUACUUGACAAAUGAUGCAAAAGUUACACGUGUACCAUAUUCUCAAGUUGCUCAAGCUCAAGCAUAUUUACUCUACUACGAAAGAAUUCAGCCUAGUCGAUGGUUCAGGGAUACAAAUUUUAAAACUUUCACCGACAAUGAAUAA